AAAUCCCCGGCAAUGGACAACAUUAAAGACGGGUGGUUCACCGAAACGUGCACAUUAUGGCCCGGCCAAGCGAUGAGUCUUCAAGUAGAGGAGGUGUUGUAUCAUAAAAAAUCGAAGUUCCAGGAUGUGAUGGUUUUUAAAAGUAAAACUUACGGAAAUGUGCUGGUUUUGGAUGGAGUCAUCCAAUGCACAGAGCGAGAUGAAUUUUCUUAUCAAGAAAUGAUUGCCAACCUACCUCUCUGCUGCCACCCUUGCCCAAAGAAGGUUCUCAUCAUUGGUGGAGGAGAUGGAGGGGUCCUGAGGGAGGUGGUCAAACAUCCACUGGUUGAGUCUGUCGUUCAGUGUGAAAUUGAUGAGGAUGUAAUAAAUGUCUCCAAGAAGUACCUCCCUGGAAUGGCAAAAGGCUUCUUCAGCCCCAAACUCACUCUGCAUGUAGGUGAUGGCUUUGAAUUUAUGAAAAAGAACCAGGAUGCCUUUGAUGUCAUCAUCACAGACUCCUCAGACCCUGUCGGUCCGGCUGAAAGCCUGUUCAAAGAGUCUUACUAUCAGCUCAUGAAAACGGCACUUUGUGAUGGAGGAAUUCUCUGUUGUCAAGGAGAGUGUCAGUGGUUGCAUUUAGAGCUAAUCAAAGAAAUGCAGACUUUUUGUAAGACCCUCUUUCCUGUAGUAGACUAUGCAUACUGCACCAUUCCAACAUAUCCAAGUGGACAAAUCGGCUUCAUGCUUUGCAGUAAAAAUACGAAAACUAAUUUCCGUGAGCCACUACGAGAACUACCCAGAGAUGAGAUUGAGAGCAUGAAACUCAAAUACUACAAUCCUGAAAUCCACCGUGCGGCAUUCAUCCUCCCAGAAUUUGCCAGAAAGGUACUAAGCGAAGCGUAAGCGGCUUCAUGGCUGCCAUCUUGUCAACACGCUGCCUUCUGUGAAAGCAGAACAAACCCUCAGCUGCAGAAGCUCCUACACUGCAUCCCUCUCCCGCUUUCAGUUAGUCAAUGGACUGCUAAUGGACAAGUGCAAAUGCCUUUCUGGGGAAAUUCUUUUUGUCUGUCCAGUUUCAUCAGUACGUCGGUCUUAUUUGUUUUUUUUUAAUUUCCUUUUACAACUCCGCUCUCCCCGUCAAACCUUUAGAAAUGUACAAACAGACAAUCAUGCAUGUUCUGUGACCGAUUCCAGUCUUUCUCUUACUCGUGUUGAGUAUGAAAAAAGAGUGCAAUGUUCCGCUACAAACUGUCCUGUUUUCUGUUAAUUAAAUAAGCAUGCAGGUAUUUUAAAUGAACUGCAUAUCUUCUCUGUAACCCUUCAGGUCAGUAACAAUUAUACAUUUUGUCAAUAUGCUCUAUUAAGGUUUCAUGUUAUGGGUCACGUGUUCAACAGUACGCUACUGUUAAACUUAAAAUAAUAUUUAGUAUAAUUUAAAACUAUUAUCUAAAGUCUGUACAGAAGAUUCUUUAUCUAACUAGCAAAACUGGAAACUAUUUUCUGCAGUUAUCUAACAAAUAAAUGGUUUGUUUUCCUUCUUAGCCUGUAAAGGUGGCAUAUGGGCUCUGUGGGUGACUUGUGCUCUGGCUCUCCUGAACAAGUCUGAUUACAUGAUGUGAUUUUGUUAGUUUUUUUCUUUUUUUUUGUAGAGGAAAUAGUGUUUGAUAUGCAGCCUUUUUGAGUGAUAUGCUAUGGUGUAUUGCAAAUGUAUUCUUAUGGUCAGUGGAUUCUGUAUGAUGGAACGAUUUUUGCUGUGUCUUUUAACAUUAGCAUUACUGGAAGUCUCAGACACUGAGACGCUGUCUUAAUAUUGAAUAUAAUCGUGGAGGUAUACUCGGAUAAAAUAACAGCAUUCGAUGGAUAGAUGAAGCGCUUUUAAGGGUAGUCGAAUAGGACAAACUAUUUUGUACUCUUGUCAAGUUUAACAAUAUGGAAGAGGGUUUAUUUGUCCUUUUACCAUUUAAUGUUUAUGAUGUAAAUUUAAUUUUGCCAAUUUCAUAAAUUGUUUUGAAAUAAAACUUAUGUAACCACA